AUGGCUUACCCCAAUGCCCAUUGGCCUGGAUUUGCUUUCAUCACUCCUGUGUUCUACCCAUAUUACGAUCUCCCGCGCGUAUCGCCAAUCUUCAUAUCACCAGAGCUGCCUCCUCAAACCGAACAACCACCUGCUCGAAAUCCCGCACCUUUCCCACCACCCAACGCGCAGCGAGUAGCACCGGCAGUCUUUCACGCCGCUGCACCGCAGCCCGCAUUGUUCUUACCCGCUUUCCCCGCGCUUCUUUGCCGCUUCUGUUCGACUUCUCGUUGCAUGCCUUUAUCCCGAAAAGUCUUCGGGGAACAAGGAAGCACAGUAGUGGGUGCGCUGUCGAAGGAAGAGCUCAGUCAGCCAGCGACGCAUCCUCCUGUCAAGCACAUAACCAUCAUCUGCGAUUCCAUCCCAAACUGGCCCAUCGAGGUGAAGCCUGCGCAGAAGGAGCGGAAACGCCUCUUUCCGGUCGAAAGGAGCUCGCAUGAUGCACUAGUUACGCUGGAAGACGUGCUCAUAGCCAUGCACAAGCAUAUGCAGCAGCCAGUCACUCAAGUUGAGUGGGCGGAGCUGUCGGAAGCGGAUGUCGAGAAGGUAUCCCGAGUCUAUACGCGUCGAUGCAGGACCUUCCCGCGUGAGGGGCCCGGGGCAUUCAAGGAGCAUAUCGGCGUGCGGCGAGUGGACUAUCUCGGCGACAAUUACAUGUUUCGAGGGCUUGUGAGGCAUAAGGCUGGUCAGGAAGGAUUUGAGAAGCUCAAACUACUGGUCGGGCCUGCUAGGUGAUUUAUGAGCACCUCGAACCCAUCGGAGUUGUCGCUCCUUAAUGUCAUAAAGUUUGGGGUGAUCCGGACUGCGUCAUGCAUCAGCUUCUACUAUCUGUAAUGUUUAGCAUAGUGCGAUAUUGUACUAUCGGUCGCUGAUGGACUUAAGAGCUUUAAAAUUUGCAAUUGUAUCCC